AAGUGGGUAUACAACCAUCCAUAAGCUGCAGGAAAAGACAGUAGGUCAGUCAUCUGGAUCUGACCCACCCACCACCACCCGUCGCCAUGGACAUGGACCAACUCUCCUACGGAAGCUUGUGGGUGAUGGCCGUAGCCACGGCUCUCUUCUGGUUGAUUCUGAGGAAGGCUAUAUACGUGGGUGGCAAGGAUGACACAGGAGCCAAGGCCAAGCUUCCUCCAGGUCCAUGGAACCUUCCCGUCAUCGGCAGCCUACACCACCUCGUGGUCACAAAGCUGCCGCCGCACCGCGCGCUGCUCCGACUGUCCCGCCGGCACGGCCCGCUCAUGCUGGUGUGGCUCGGCGAGGUUCCCAGCAUCGUCGUGUCCUCCCCGGAGGCUGCGAAGGAGGUGCUCAAGACGAACGACCUCGUCUUCGCCAACCGUCCGUGCGGCCCCACGAUGGACAUCGUCAGCUGCGGCGGCAAAGGCAUCCUCUUGGCACCCUACGGCGACCACUGGCGGCAGAUGCGUAAGGUUUGCGUCGUGGAGGUGCUCAGCGCAAGGCAGGUGCGGCGUAUCGAGUCCAUCCAGCAAGCCGAGGUCGCGCGCCUCCUGGAGUCCGUCUCGGCCGCCGCCACAGGUUGUGCCGUCGUCGACGUCGGCAAGGCGCUGGCCGAGCUGUCAAGCAACAUCAUCGCCACAGCGGUGUUCGGCGGGAAGUUCCCGCAGCAGGAGGCGUUCCUCCGGGAGAUCGACGCGCUGUCGGUGCUGGUGGGAGGGUUCAGCAUGGCGGACCUCUUCCCGUCGUCGCGGCUGGUGCGGUGGCUGAGCAGCGCCACGCACGACGUGAAGAGGAGCCACGCCCGGGUGCAGCGCAUAUUGGAAGACAUCAUCCAAGAGCGCAAGGAGAAGACGUCGAAGAAUGGUGCGUCUUCCGUUGCUCGAGACAACGAAGACUUGCUGGACGUGCUCCUGAGGCUGCAGAGGGAUGACACCCUCAAUUUCCCUCUAACUUCAGAGAUCAUCGACUGUGUUAUCCGUGAUAUAAUUGGAGCUGCUACGGAGACGACUUCUUCCACGAUAGAAUGGGCCAUGGCAGAGCUGGUCGGCAACCCAGAGGCCAUGGCAAAGGCGAAACACGAGGUCCGCGAGAGGUGCCACGGCGUCGUUGCGAGCGCAGACAUCGGCGAGCUGCAAUAUCUCCGGAUGGUGAUCAAAGAGACGCUAAGGCUCCACCCCGCGGGGAUGUUCCACCGGGCGAGCCUGGAGGACUGCCAGGUCAUGGGCUACCACAUACCCAAGGGCACCGCCGUCAUGAUAAACGGCUUCGCGGUGGGGACGGACCCGGCGCACUGGGGGGAGGACGCCGGCGAGUUCAGGCCGGAGAGGUUCCACGACAUGGAGAUGACGGAGUACAUGCAGAUGGAGUUCGUCCCGUUUGGGGCUGGCCGUCGGCAGUGCCCUGGAACGCUGUUCGCGACCACUAUCAUGGAGCUCGUGCUGGCCCACCUCUUGUGCCACUUUGACUGGGAGGUCCCAGAUGGGCAGACAUUGGACAUGGGCGAGGAUUAUGGGUUCAUCGUGCACACUCGGUCCAGUCUGCGCCUGCAGGCAUCAUCGAUCGUACCUAGCUGCUAGCAUCUCAUAGGAGAAUUAACCUGCUAUGGAUCUCUUGUUGCUUAGCUUUUUUUUUUUUUUUUGAAAAGGUUAUUGCUUAGCUCAUGGCUUAUACAGUAUUAAUAAUCGUGCAAUCCCAGUUUCUUUUCUAUCAUGUGAUCUAGUCUAUCGUGCUAUGGAGGACAAGGCCGCACGCCAAUGGGAAAUUACAGCAUGGACAGAGUUCAUAUAUAAUGCAACCCAAUGAGA